UGCGCGGAGGGGCCGCGCGGGCCGGCCAUGGCGGCGGCGGCGCUGCGGCCGCGGGUGGCGGCGCUGGGCCGGCGGCUCGGGGCGCCCGGGGCCCGCGAUACCUUCUUAGCGAAAGGCUCUGCUAAUCUGGACAAGUUAAAGGACCUCUGCAAGGAAGGGAAAGAACAUCCUUCCACGCUUUUUCAGCUCUAUACCCAGGCUGUCCUAGACAUUACAUAUUUUGAGGAAAACCAGCUUGUGGAUGAAGAUUUUCCAGAAGAAUUUGCCUUGCAAAAACUUAAAGAACUUAUUUCUGUUCUUUCAGAACCAGAAGACCUAGUGAGGGAAUGCGGCAUAAAAGAACCCAUCAACAUCCUUGGUGCAGAGUUGUUAGAAUGUCUUUACUGGAGAAAAGGAGCCCUGCUUUACAUGUAUUGCCACACAGCAAAAGAAAGGAGUGAAUGGCUACAAGAAAACACUGCCACAUUUAAAAAGUGUCUUAAUGAUGGAGUUCAGUACCUGAUGAAGAUGCUUAGCUUUAGAUGCCCUCUUCAGCUAGAUGAAGAUAUCUCACUUCAAGAUAAAGACACAGCUAGAUUACUCAGUGAAGGUAUAUUUAGUGACACUCACUUACUGGCAAUGAUGUACAGUGGAGAAAUGUGCUACUGGGGACUGAAGCACUGUGGAGAAGGGAAGCAGGAAAGCCUUGAGUCAGUAGAUCCUGUGUCUAACAGUGACCUGGGCAGCAGAUCACAGAGCAUAUCGCUGGAUUUCCAAGAAACAGGGAGAAUCAUGUUAACAAAGUAUGUGGCCGUAUGUGAGGGACCCUUAAAAGGUCAAGGGUGGAACACAACAACUGCAAAACAAAUGCUGCAUUACUUCGUGAAACCCCACGACUAAGACCCGCUGCAUCGUCUUUGCCAGAAGAAAACUUGCGGCAUAGGAGCACACUCUUCCUCACGGACUUCUUUCCUUUUCCCUUUUCCCACCCGAAGUGUACAUUCUGUUGCAUUAAAAGCACGCAUCCGAGG